AUGAAAUAUAUACAAUUUUGGAAUCCAGGUAAACCUGCUAGAAAUGCUGUUACCUUUACUUGUGAAUUAGCGUUUGUUCUUUUUGGUUUGGAACAAGGUAUCUUGGGUAUAGUUAUUCUCGGUCAAGAUUUCUUGAACCAAUUCGGUCACCCAACUGGUAGUUAUUUGGGUAUUAUUGUUUCUUUAUAUACUUUAGGUUGUUUCUUCGGUUGUAUACUUAAUUAUUUUGUAGGACCUAAAUUAGGUAGAAGAAAGACUAUUGGUCUUGCUAUGAUAUUAAUUAUUAUUGGUAUUACUUUGCAAGCUUCUGCUUUUACUGUCCCUCAUUUUAUGGUUGGUAGAUUUAUAACCGGUUUAGGAACUGGUAUGGAAACUUCUAGUGUUCCUAUGUAUCAAGCAGAAUUGUCUAAAGCUAGUUCAAGAGGUAAUAAAGUUUCAUCUGAAGCUUUAUUCGUUGGUAUCGGUUUAGUUAUUGCUUACUUCAUGGACUUUGGUUUAUCUUAUACUAAUGGUCCACUUGCUUGGAGAUUACCAAUUUCUUUACAAAUUCCCUUUGCCAUCGUUGUACUUGUAUCGUUAUUCUUUAUCCCUGAAUCCCCAAGAUAUUUAUUUAUCAAUGGACAAAAGGAAAAAGCCAAGGAAGUCUUAUGUUACAUUUUUGAUAGAGAACCUGAUCACCCAGAUAUCAUUGAAUCUUAUGGUGAAAUCGAAGAAGCCGUGGCUUUGGAAGAAAUUGAAGGUAAAUAUUCAUGGAAGAGAUUAGUCAAGAAAGAUCAUGCUAGAACCAGAACUAGAGUUCUUUUAGCUUAUGGAUCUAUGUUUGCUCAACAAUUAGGUGGUAUUAAUUUGAUUAAUUAUUAUAUUACUACUGUUUUGGUUGAAAGUGUUGGUUUGGAACAUACUUUAGCUAUGAUUCUUGGUGGUGUUUCCACUGUUUGUUUCACCAUCGGUUCAUUAGUCCCAGCUUUCCUCACUGAUAGACUUGGUAGAAGAAUGCCUUUAGUAUAUGGAUUCUUUGGUUGUGGGUUCUGUUUCUUAAUGAUUUCAGUUCUUUUAAGUAUCCAAGGUAGUGAUGCUUUACAAGCCCGUUGUGGUGCUGCUGCUGUUGGAUUCUUCUUUUUGUAUCAAUUAAUUUUUGGGGCUUCAGGAAAUUGUAUCCCAUGGACAAUCUGUGCUGAAAUAAUUCCUUUACAUGCCAGAGCAUACGGUGUCCCUAUUGCUAUUUCAAGUAAUUGGUUAUGGAAUUUCUUCGUUGUUGAAAUCACCCCAGUUAUUAUUACUGAUUUACAAUGGAAAGCUUACUUAAUCUUUACUUGUACAAAUUUUGCAUUCGUACCUAUGUUUUACUUCUUCUACCCAGAAACUAAAGGUUUAACUUUAGAAGCUAUCGACAAAUUAUUUUCAGAAAACAGAACUGCGUUCAUGGGAUUGGUUGAUCAUAAAAAGAUCUUUGUUGAUCAAAAAUCAGAGUCAAUCAGUGUUGAAAAACCUCAAGUUGAUUAUGUAGAAACUGCUUAA